GUUUCUACCAUUUUCUUUUUGCAUCUUCUUAUUCGCUUCUUCUCUAACAACGAUUAGAGGCUAUGGCGGAAAACACUCGUUCACUUGCAGUUGCUCUCAGAACUCUCUUCUCUCUCUUGGGAGCUUUCAUGCUCGCCACACUUCUUUACACUCUCUUCACCGAUGGUUCUCCUUUCCGCAAAGAACUUCUCACCCCGUGGAUGGCAGCAACUUUGAUUGAUUUCUAUAUCAAUGUUGUAGCUUUGGCGGUAUGGGUUGCAUACAAAGAAUCAAACUGGAUCAGCUCAUUUCUGUGGAUAAUUUUCCUUAUCUGCUUUGGAAGCAUUGCUACAUGUUCCUAUAUUGUUUUACAAUUUCUGAAGCUGUCACCUCAAGAAUCUUCACAGGAUCCUAUGUAUUAUGUUCUGUUGCGGAAUCCAAACAAGACUACUGCUGCAGAACCAAAAAGGAAGAAUUCUUUUGUUGUGGCUCUAAGAGCCCUUUUUGGCAUCUUGGGUGUUUUCAUGCUUGGAACUAUAGUGUACACUCUUGUCACUGAUGGUUCUCCUUUCCGGAUGGAGCUUUUAACUCCGUGGAUGGCAGCAACAUUAGUUGACUUCUAUAUCAAUGUUGUGGCUAUAUCAGUUUGGAUAGCCUACAAGGAAUCUAGUUGGAUUAACGCAGCUUUUUGGAUAAUUCUAUUGAUAUGUUUCGGCAGCGCUGCUACAAGCACCUACAUUGUGUGGCAGCUGUUCCAGAUCUCUUGCCAAGACCCUGUCUACCUUAUUUUGGUACGUCAUGGCGACAGGGCAGAAAGCAAAUAUAAGGGGAUUCCUAAUGAGGCACAAUAGCAAUGGUGGUUAUGAGCAAAUGUUCAUGCAAAUCUCACUCCGGAUUCAACUAUGUAAAUUACAAGAAUCAUAUUGUUUCUCCAAAUGCUAGAGUAGCAGCUUUAUGAUCUAGUUAUAGUGUGAUCAUGUAAAAAAAAACUGGUAAAUACUAUACCAUUGGAUUUUACACAAUUGAAUAGAACUACAUUUAUUUAGAA